UGGAAUAGCGCGUGGGGGAAAGUUUAUUAGGUUAGGUUGGCUUAAUUAAGCGUUAGGUCUCAGGUCUCUAACCUAACCUAGUCUCUGGUCUCUGGUCUCUUCACAUGCCAAACACCAAAAAUACGAACCCUUGACGCCAUCAAACCGUCUUAAUUCCAUACCCUCUUUCAUUUGACAGGUCCAAAUUCCCGUUAGGUACACUAUUUUCUUACCUCUACUGCACAUCCCUUUCCGCAUUGGCGCCCCGUACCGUUUUAUACCCAACCUUCGGCACACAUUAUUCCUUGAUGUCUCGGUAGCCUCGAAGAAAAAAAAAGAAAAAAAAAAAAAGAAUCCCCCCAAGGUCGGGCAGAUUUGUCUACUGUAGCUAGCUUCUUAGUUAUUCAUCAUUACACGCGACAUCUCCAUAGUUCUAGCUUUAGAAGACACAAUGGAGAAAUACAGCCAGUUCCGCGAUCGCGGAUCUGGCAUCUCGCCCUUUAUUCCCUCCUCGACGCCCAGUUCGACCCUCUCCUCGCUCUUACACACAGCUCUCUUCCUCUUCCGACUGCCGCUUUUCCUGUCGUACAGCGCCCUGUUCUUCGUCUUCCUCGACAACCUACCUUCUUUUCUCGUUCCGCAGAUCAUUCGAAAGCUGUUAUUAUGGACGUUCCUUGGUAUACCGGGGAUUUGGUGGGUGGAUCUGCAGCUCGACGGUGUCAAGCGCGGCUCGCUUUCGCAGCAGCCGAGCUCCCGCUUUCCAGGGAAUUCUAGCCGUUCUGUCAUUGCAGCGCAGUUUACGAGUCCUAUCGACGCUCUCUACCUCGCCGCUAUCUUCGACCCUAUAUUCACCAUCUCGUUCCCGGGUACACGCAAGGUUCAACGUGUUUCCCUCUUGCGCGGUAUCCUGCUGGCCCUCUCGCCACCAGCACUAUCUCCGCCGUCUCCUAAAAAAUUAACCACCCUGCGUGCACUCGUAGAGCAAAACCCGCACCGCGUUAUAGCCGUCUUCCCCGAGAUGAGCACUACAAACGGUAAGGGAAUCCUUCCGUUUUCCCCAUCUUUACUGUCUGCGCCUGCCGAUGCGAAGAUCUUCCCCGUCAGCAUACGGUAUACGCCACCCGAUAUCACAACUCCUGUCCCGGGUGCUUAUAUUUCUUUCCUGUGGAAACUACUCAGCCGCCCUACGCAUCUUAUUAGGGUGCGCAUCGCCGAAGGGGUGACCAACAACUCUACCGCGGCCACGAACGGGGAUAGCCUAGCGAACGGAAUCCCGGAUAAAACAGGCGAUGAGGUGGACGGCGAAUCUCUCACGUCUGAAGAACGGGCGUUGCUCGAUAAAGUCGCCGAUGAUCUGGCGCGGCUCGCGCGUAAUAAGAGAGUCGGCUUGACGCUACGGGAUAAAGCAGCAUUUGUCUCGGCGUGGAACAGGGGCAAAAAAUGAAGUUAUGCGUACUCGGUUGUCCUUUUAUGGAUUCUCAGACUGGACAAGCUAUUUGCUUACUGGUAGGCAUCUAACGUCAUCGUUACGUAUUUCGGGUGGAGCAUGAGCAUGCAUUGAUUGAUCAAUAUUAUUGAUUAAUAUUAUUACCUUCCCCCACGUGGUUCUAUUGGAGCGGGAGAAUAGGGGUAAAAACGAAUCGGGUUGCUUGUAAGAGGUUAUGGUCAAUAACGAGAGAAGAGAUGGAUGUAGAUACGAUUUGUGACGCCUGUAAACUUAUAGUCAGAUCAUGAGGAACAAACCCGAUUGAGGA